ACGCUCACCAACUCAACACUCGCCCGCAGGUCGCCGUCAAAGCGAUUCGACAACAAUUCUUCAGUGCCGAGAUCUUUCGGAGAGAACUUGGAAUUUGGAAGAGGUUGCGGCAUUCUAAUAUUUUGAAAUUCAUGGGUACAACUUCGGACUUUGGCCCCUCAGCAGCUUUGGUUGCUCCAUGGAUGACAAACGGCACUCUGACGUCGUUUCUCGAUCAGAAUAACGAGACCCUCUGGCUGCAUGAUCGUCUGCUUUUGCUUCGUGACAUUGCUGCUGGCCUCAACUAUCUUCAUACGUUCAGCUUGACGGAAGACGGACAUACGGACUUGAACCCCAUUGUUCAUGGAGACCUUACUGGUGUAGGAUCCAUUAUUUAUUCUAUCCCUCACAUACUAAUGAUCAGUUGCAAGACCAACGUCCUCAUCGAUGGUGAUAGAAAGGCAUAUCUUGCAGAUUUUGGCCUUUCCGGAACUUUCAAAAAAUCGACCGGCAUGACGUACCUUGCGAAAAUGACUUGUCAUCCAGGCGCAGUGAGAUGGGCAGCUCCUGAACUUCUAUCCGGGGAAGAACCAGCUUCCGCAACCACUCAAAGCGACAUGUAUUCCUUUGGUAACAUCAUGCUUCAAGUUUUGACGGGAAAUGUGCCCUGAUGUCACUUGACCCGUGACUUCCAGAUCACGUAUCAAGUGGUUAUUGAAGGGAAAAUACAUCCCCGUCCACAAGAUCUUUACGUCACAGACCGGCACUGGAAUUUUAUGACCCGCUGCGGUCUACGCCACUACCGACCGGCCUCCUGCCAAGGAAGCAGUUCAAUUUGU